UGAGAAUUGCCGGGAGCUUCUAUCGAUUCCGAAAUUCCGGAAAUUCGACCUAAUUCCGGAAUUGCAUAGAAUUUCUAGCCGGAACUACAUCUCAUCCGUACCCUCACGCAUACUGAUGUGGUUAAAGAUUAUUUGAUUCGAUCACUACCGAAUUCCGGUACGGAAUUCCGGGAAUUGAGUGGAGAUGGAAUUGCACGGAAUUCCUGGGAAUUCCUAUCAAUUCCGGAAUGGCAUGGAAUUUCAGGAAUUCAUACCGAUUCCAGAAUUCGAUGGAACUCGAUCUAUGUCGAGCAGGUUUCUUAUAUUGUAAGACGAUCGGAUUCUCGUAAUUGGACGAAACUGAUUACUGAGGCGGAACUGGUUUCGGCAUGUUCAAUAUUGCGGAAUAGGAUGACUGCUUCUCUGUAAGUUACUGUCUUCUUCAAUACUAAAGAACUCUUUUUCCAGAAAAAAAAUAAAUCAUAAAUCCUAAUUUUGCAUCUGAUAAAAUUUUGUUUAUUAUGUCUGUUCUUGAAUGGAGAUCGAGCAAAAGAACGUUAAUUUCUCUUUUAAUCUAUGAAUUGUGAGUAUGAUUUUAUUGAAAUAAGAACCACAUAUGUCUUAGGAUUUCAUAAAACGAGCAGUAACACAAUAUGUAGUCUUUGAGUUUGCGUAUUCGACGAAUAAAAAAAAUGAUCUUUUGUUGAUCAAUGUGUUCUAUGUGUUCACAAAUGUCAAAUAAUUAUUACUUCUGAUUUAGAUCGUGAAAAGAUGCUGAUUAUGUAUAUUAUGAUAUUUCUUGCUCUGCAGAAUGCAGUGCAAACUCGAUAUUUACUAUAUUAUUCCGAUAUUCGUCAGCAUUCGUAUUUGACGUUUGAUUGUCUGUACAUUCAAUUUAUCGAAAGUGAAUUAAAUGCAUAUUUAUCAUAUAUUAUGAACCAACAGUUAACUCCCUAUUGUCGACGACCUGAUAAUGAUGAAAAACAAGAUGAAAUAUCUGAUAUACUAGAUGAAAAUAUAGCAAACAAGAUUACUUUUAAUGAAUUAAGGAAAAAAAGGUGUAACAAGUGAACAACUUUUAAAUUGGGCAGCACCUAUCGAUGUUGCUGAACGAUAUGAAAUCAAUAAUCAAAGUUUAGAUCUAUUCUACAACUGUUCAUCGCCAUGGUUUGGAUCAAAAUGUCAGUAUCGAUUUGUCCACAGUUCAUUUUUAUCACUUACUGAAAUGAUUGAGUCUUUUGUGGAAAGUCGUUGGCGUAAAAUGUUUGAAGGAAGCGUUACUACAUGUUAUCGUUUCUUAUCUGAUUGUGAUCGUGGACCAUGGGCUUUAUGUCUUGAUUGGCGACAAAUAUGUGAUGGCAAAGUUGAUUGUAUGAGUGCUGAAGACGAACAGUGGUGUGAAACAUUAGAGAUGACAACAUGUUCUGAUGAUGAAUAUCGAUGUCAUUAUGGUGGUCAAUGUAUUCCAGUGACAUUUGCACGAGACAGCACCUUAAAUGUUGAUUGUCUUGACGGUAGUGAGGAGAAAGUAGCCAUCGGGAGAUGGUCGGUGUGGCCUUAUUCGCCUUGUGGUUUAAGUAUCACAUUUCGAUGUGAAGAACGUAUAGAUCGAUAUCCUCUUUCUUUUUCAUGUGGUAAUGGCCAAUUUUAUCAAGAGGCCUAUGUGUACAGUGAUGUAUUCGUUUGUGUCAACUGGAAACAAAGCGAAAGAAAUUUAGCCAUGUUUACGUCAUUUGAUCAUAUUAAAGAUAUUCAAUGUCGACAAGCAUUUCGUUGGUCACUAUAUUCUAAUCGAAGCGAUGGUAAGUAA